UUUCUUUCACUUCCAGCUGGCCUCCUGCGAGAGCGUGGCGAUGAUCUCGAAUUCCCAUGGUUAGGUACGUAUACGCAAGAAAUUUUCGCAGCAUUUGAGUCAGCAACAGCGUGUGUUCAGUGCAGCAGAGCUCCGCAAUCGGCGCAAGGCCUUCAUAAUUAAAACCACGCCUGCAUCUCUAUUCACUGCACAGGCCUAUAGAUCUACGUAGGUGUCGGUGGAAACUCAAGAGGAAACACGAAUAUUCUUAUAUUACCAGAAGUACGGAAGGACGGGAGCUUCAGCACUGCUGCACUCAGCAUCACAUUGAAUCACGAAGCAAUGGCCGCAGCAGACAUGACCUACAGCACCGAAAAGCCGACAGGCAUUUCAGGCGCCACUCGAUUACGAGAAAUGCUAUCCGAUCCCACAAAGACUGUUGUCGCACCUGGAGUUUACGAUGGCAUUACUGCCCGCCUAGCUCUCUCCGCAGGUUUUGAUUGUCUCUACAUGACUGGAGCAGGAACAUCCAUGUCUCGCCUCGGAAUGGCAGACUUGGGGCUGGCAACCUUCAAUGACAUGCACCAAAACGCUGCCAUGAUCGCCUCCAUAGAUCCCGCAGUUCCUGUCAUCGCCGACGCAGACACAGGGUAUGGAGGUCCGAUCAAUAUCGCAAGAACUGUCCAGAGCUAUGCGAGGGCUGGCGUUGCUGGCCUUCAUAUAGAAGACCAGGUCCAAGAAAAGCGAUGUGGGCAUUUGAGUGGAAAGCUGUUAGUGGAUCGUAAUGUAUACUACAAUCGAUUGAGAGCAGCGUGCAAGGCGAGAGAUGACAGUCGAGAUGAUAUUCUCAUCAUUGCUAGGACUGAUGCCAGAGCUGGUAAAGAUACCAAGGGAAAUGGGGGCUUCGAAGAGGCCAUUGCGCGUUUGACUGAGGCGGCGAGUAUUGGUGUGGAUGCACUCUUUUUUGAGGCAAUUCAGGAUGUGGAAGAAGCGCAGCAGGUUAUCAAACUCCUGCCCAAGAUUCCGGUUCUCCUCAAUAUGGUACAAGGAGGCAAGACACCGCAGAUCAGCACCGACGAGGCGAACAGGCUAGGGUUCAGGAUUGUGAUCUGGCCAUGUUUGGGCAUGGAAGCUGUGAUACCUGCCUUCAAAAAGUCAUUGCAGUCAUUGAAAGAGACUGGUCAGGCGCCUGCCAAGGAGAAUAUGGGACCAAGCGCGUUAUUCGAGGUAUGCGGGCUGCGUGAUCUGAUGGCCUUUGAUGAGAGUGUUGGUGGCAACGCGUAUGCUCGAUGAGGUGAUGGCGGCGGCGUUUUAAGACUGACAUUAUAACUAUUGUUACAGCGAGCUAUCGUCUUCAUGCCUCCUGAUCAUAGUGCACAACCUGAACUGCAGUAUCAACCCUUCGUCCGCGUCUCAUGACAGUAGACGUCAAUGAUCUUCGCAUGAGGACGCUCAUUGCUCCCCAAUUCUGAUGAAGCAAUUGUUGUCGGCACCAGCGCUUUCAUGCAACACGGGCAUGCACUUCAGAAUACCUGGCAAGGGUCGAAGGAGGGUAGCCAGGAAGAUAGUUGCCACAGUCCUUAAUAUGGAAGCUGUUCGACUCUGUCUGAGAGCAGUAUGCCGCCAAGGUGCGGAAAAAUGAUGGUACACGCGAAUGCUCCACUCGUGCCCAAACCCAAGUACUCCUCUAAUGCAGUCGCCGAUUAAGCGAUGAUGAUGCAGAUUCCUUCGCCUGCAAGUCGACAAUUCGCGCCACGCUAAUGCUGCGAUAUGGGCAGCAGACAGUAAUAGUACCACGCAUUGUUGAGCGUUCAACUCCUGGCUUUGCCCUUUUUCGAUUUCGAGGGCGCCGUUGAAGUGAUUUUAGACGUCUGCAUGAGCUCGCCGAUAUAUGAUUGCAGAAACUUGUUCCCGCCCUCGAGCUUCUCGUGCUCGCUCUUCACCGUCUCCACUCGAUCCACGAUGGCCUGCAAGCUCAUCUGGAGUAGUUUGGCCUGCUCAAUGAGGUCUUUGCGGGCCUCCUCGCUAAGUUUAUCGACCUCUUCGCUAUUCCUUCGCGGCGACAUCGUUCGCACAUCGUUCUCGUCGAAGUCGGGCUCCACGACGACUGUAGUGGCCGACUCACGCGACACAAUCAUCGUACCGCUACUCUUCCUACUGCCAAUCUUUGGCCGGCCAAUCCGUGCAGUUGUGGCGUCGUCUUCGCUCACCGCAGCACUCGACUCUGGUGAGGAGGAGAUGGGUGAGGGCAUGUCGUGUGCAUGUAGUGUCGGCUCCCCGAUUGAGGGCACGGUAUAGGCGUCUGAGGUCAUGGUCCGAGUCUGGAGGUUGCUGACCAGCGCUGGAUGUGCAGGCUCAAGAGUACAGCGGCAUGUGGUUUGAUCGACUACCCAAAUGGCGAGUAUCGGUCAGAGGGUGCGCGUCGGGGGAGUGCGGUGAGCAGACAAUCGGACGGCGGCACGAAAUGCAGCGCGGAGGCAGGGUCCCAAGACGGCUACCGUAGUACCGUG